UUAGGAGUAAGUACCAGUAUUCAAAUGGUCGGUGAGGUACUAUGUAACAGACUUUUUGAAACGCUAUAAUUCUAGAAUUUCGACGAAAUUUCGGCACAAAAAUUGUACCCUUGUAAGAAAAAGCUAAAAUGUUUUCCCCUAUCAAGCCUUUAUCCCCCAGUGGUCAGCUAGACUUGGAAAUAAUUAAAAAAAGUCUGGAAGAAAAAGAGAAACAGAUAAAGCAGUUGGAAGAUAAGAUAGUAGAUUCUGACCACAAACGUACAAUGGCACUCAAGACCCUUGAUGAUUGCGAUACCAAUAUACGAGUUUGGAAAAACCAGAUACACACCCUAAAUUUUAUGAAGAAUGCAAUAAAAGAGAAAAUCCAGCAGUAUGACGGGCCACCACCAGCCCAACGACGCAGAUUAAAUGAUGAUGAGCCAAUGGAAACUGGGAGAGGAUUGGAACGCAGGAAGCUUGUUCCGUCGAUGUCGACGAUUGUAGGGUCCUCCGGAAACACCGUGGCUAAUCAGGGUACGAUCAGAGAUAUAAACAAUGUGACAGUAGGGAACAGAUCCAUCCACAUCCAUUUCCAUCUGCCAAAAUAGUGGGAGUCUGGAUUGUACCCUUUUCAGGAAGAAAGAACUUAUCGCAUAAUACCUGGUUGACUAUUAAAUUAUUUCUAACAUCAAACCCAAGUAAACCUUCAUCACCUACUUGCUGACCUAGUAAAUUGAAAAAAAAAUUGUUUUAUCUCUCUGUGCUGUGCAUUGUAACGAUGUUGUCAUGGAAAAUUUAGUAAUGAUAAAUAUUUGAUUUUCAUGACCAAUAAAUAAAGUUUCUAGUUUUCCUUUCACCAAGAG